UAGACAACCUGAAUAAAUUGAACACGCGAAGUUUUCUUUAUACACUCUAUGCUCUUUUAGUUCCGAAGCCACUGUGCAGCUUAGAGUAAUCAAUCGAAAAAAAAAUAAAUAAUAACAUAUAUACAAAGAUUCAGGAUAUUAUGAUUACGGUAACACCGUAGUGGCGGAGAUUUUAAAGCCGGGUGUGUUAUAGCAAGAAAAGAAGUACAGUGGUACCUCGACAUACGAGUGCUCUGACAUACGAGAUUUUUUAGAUACGAGCCGUCAAACGAGCGAUGUUUUGCUUUGAGAUACGAAAAAUAUUUGAGAUACGAGGAACCGGAUCAGCGGGCCGGCAUUACGAGUGUAACGCGUAAGUGAAUUAAAGUUACCGAAAGAGUUCAGCAUUAACAGUGCAGCCAGUAAAUGAACGAAGUGAAGCUCCAUCGCCUAUCCCCUCCAACCUAAACCUCCGCCUGCAUCUUCCGUAAGCUCAAGUCGGCUGAUUUCCAAGGUAAAUACACUUUAUAAAAAUAAAACCAGUUUAUUUCUUUACAUUCUCUUUUAUUUUGUUUUUAUACAAUAUUUGUCAUCUAUAAAUACAUUUUUCUUAUUCAAAAACACGUAACAAAAAAAACUGAGGUGGCAUCUUGGGGGCUGGAACGGAUUAAUGGCAUUUCUAUUAAUUUCAAUGGGGAAAAUUGCUUUGAGAUACGAGCAAAUUGGCUUACGAGCAAGGUUACGGAACGAAUUAAAUUCGUAUCUCGAGCUACCACUGUAUUAUCCUAAAAUAUUAAUGCUAAGAAAUUAGGAGGUACAUUAAUAAGCUAGAUGAACACAAUUUUUAAUACAUAUAAAUAACUGACAAUGCAGAAAUAAAUAUAUUAAUUUUACGUGCUAAAUUGUAUUCAAAUGUAGCAAACACUGGAGAGAACCCAUUAAAAAAAAAAAAAAAGACAAACAAGUUUACUCCCUUAUGUGACAUGCUGUUUGUCACGUAACACAGGCGUUCUCAAUGGAGAAUUUUAUUAAUAUAAAAGUCAUUUCUCAAAUGACAAAUCGGAUGCAUGACUUGCUGGCAUCCAUCCGUCACGGUGUGAUGAUGGUGUGGUGGGCCUCGUCCGUCACGGUGUGACGAUGGUGUGGUGGGCUUCGGAUGACGAAAUCCACAAGGCCUGGGAAUAUUCUUCAAGGAUUAUAAGCUGGUUCCCAACAGCAAAUCGCCUCUGUCCACGCCGCUGGAUAACCCAAGGGCAUGGGCGCCCGCAGAAAACUUUCUAGGUGGGGGGGGGGGCAAAAAAAAUCGAUUAACUUUCCAGGGGGGGGGGGCAAAAAAUUUUUAGUAAUGUUUUAAUGUAGUUUUAAUUUACCGUAGCGUAUUUGUAUGGUGAACGAACGGACAGGACAUCAGCUUGUUUACUUUCUCUUUAUUUUCUCUUUACUUUAAUACAUUUUUUGGUCUAUUUUCGUCUAAAAAAAUUUUAUCCAAUCAAUCCGGGGGGGGGGGCCUACCUGCGGGCGCCCAUGCCCAAGGGAAUAUCGUUUGGAUGAUACAGCUUGGCACCAUCGACAUCGCGGGAGUUGUCAGGGUGUUUCAUGCAUGAUUUAUAUUUUUUUUUAAAAUAACUUUAGCUUUGUGAUAUUAUAAACUGCACAAAUGCAUAUUUUGAUACUUUAAAAUAAAUAAUUCCUUAAAGGAUCCUUGUUUUUUUUUUUUUUAUUUUUUUAUUUUUAAGUUCGACUUCAUUUAAAAACAAAAAUAAUUCUCUAACAAACAUAAUUUGUAUGACUAAUAAAUUAACGUGAUCCUUUCUAAUUAUAGAACAUACUCCAAUCACGUGAUUAUGCAAGCAGAAUUUAACUUUUAAUUGAUUAUUACAUAUGAUACAGGAAUGUUCAGGCUACACUGAUCCACGUUUAUCAGUUUGUUGUUGUUUUUUUCGUUGCACUGACGAGUUACACGAAACUGAUCUAAGUCUAUCUGCAACAGAACUUUCAACUAGUGAUAUUAAGGCCUUGUUUUAAUGUUAUCCACGAUGAACCAUGGAGAUAUGAUAUGUCCGCUAGGACAGCGGUCCUCAAAAUGUGCAAUGGGUAGUUCAGACGUGCUGAUAUUUAAAUUCACUCUUUCAAACCCACUAGCAAUAAGGAGACGCAAGUUUUAUCACAAGUGUGUACAGUACCCGACAGUUGAAACACUUUUCACGCGUACAUCUCUUUCCCAUAGGCAUGGGUACCCUUAAGAUUAUGUGUAAAAAUAUAUAUAUAAUAACAUGUUAUAUGAAUGGAGCGCCCAUUUUCGUAAGGAUCUAUUUCACGUCCAAAUUUUUUUUUGGUGAAAAGGUGGUCCAUGUGUUUAAUGUGGUUUUAGACAUCAUUAUAAGCUUUUAUUCUAUGCUGAUUUAAAUUUUGGUAUGUAGAUUUCAGUAAAAAUAAGUUUUGGUGUUAUAAGCCUCGGUAGAGAUAUAGCUCAAGAGAAGCUUUAGGGUAAACACAAUAUGAGAACCAUUGAAGCAACGUAUCUGUAGCACGAAAGCAAAGAAUGUCAUUUAGUCUUAAAAACAGUGAGCACAUUCACGUCAACUUUUGCAUUCAUUUUUCAUUUUUAGACGUUACGACAUCAUAUGUUGACAAUAAUAGACCGAUCUGUUGACAUAUUUUUUAUCUUUCAAAAGUACACAUCUUAGUGAAGGUUGGGUCAAGCUUAACAAUAGACAAUAUAAUAUAGGCCUGACACAGAGAAACAUCUAUUCUAUUAUUCCACUUUUGUUGAAAUUGGACUUAUCUUUCAUAUGGGAUUGAAUUUUGUGUGUAUCUUUUUUAAAAUAUUUUUUUUUAUAGAUUUGGUUUAUUUCGACACAUAAAUAUAGACACUUACCGUAUGAAUUUGAUGGAUACAAUAUGACAAUGAGAAGGACAACAUACAGAUCAAGGACAGAAGACUGAUUUCUCAAUUCUAUCCGUGGUAAGACAAUGACCGGGGACAUGGUCACUCGAACCAUUUACAACAUCGUGGUGGCUGUUAUGUUGGCGUGCUUCUUACUACUGCAGCAUGGUGGCAGCUCAGUCUCGGCAUUGACCUGUGACGGCGAUGGACCCUGCAGAUGCACGUACAGCGAUGGGUCAGGCACCGUGGAUAUAAGCAGUCUUGGAAGACAGGACGGAAUCCCACUGUAAGUUGUCUCAAUAUAGUGAUAGAUUAUUUGAACCAAGGCCCGCACUGACUAAAGUAUGGGGUUACUCUAGGUUACGAUGCCCCCGGUCAUAAAAUCAAUUUAAGCAAAACUUUUCUAUAUUUAUAUAAAAUGGUUUUAUUCGGACGCGACUCAUCAUACCGGCACAAUUUGAUUUUUUUCUUUUCAAUUCCUCUCAUUAUAUUUAGAGGGGUUUUAUUUCGUCAUUUUAAUAUCUCGCAAGCUAAAAACGGUUUGAAACCACUGCUAAAAAAAGAAGGGAGGAAGAAAAGGCGACAGAGUCUCUGGGGGCCAAAAAUCGCAUUUAAAUAUGAUAUUUAUAUAAAUAUCCAUGUGGGUGUAUCGAAUGUCACUUAUGGAUGAAACAAAAGGAAGAGGUGCAUUUGAGGCUUUUCCCUGGUGCAGCUUUUCUUUCGCAUGGCCCUGACCCUGCCCUUGAUGAAUAACCUUGGUACGCACUUCACACCUCACCCACCUCUCUGCAGCCAAUUCGUUUCUUCCCUUUUCCGCCUUUUACACAUUUGGCUCACCUAUACCGCUGCCCUCUCAUCCAACAGCUUCGCAUGGCGCUACAAUCCUCAACAAUCCACCAUAGAUCUACUUAAACCUACCCACUCCCUAAUCCACCCUUUCGACAUCAGCCCCAACCACAUUCCAAACCUAUCACUCAUUUCCCACCUCUUCUAACUAGGACAUGCGCUAGGGGGUGGCGAACAGGGCGAACCCAAGGACAGUUUCAACAUGAAGCUGGGGACGAGACACGAAGACACCUGGAGAAGCUUUCAGGUGUAGAGUAUUUUUUUGCGGUUAGUAGGCCAGGAGUUGGAAUCCUUCAGGACACGUUUCCAACAGUUAUAACAGUACUCUGAAAUUUAAAAAGAAAUAGUUUAUGAGUGAACAGAUACAUCGUUAUGGCGUAGGGCGACAACCCAGACAAAGCAAAAAACGACAUGCUAACUAGGAGACAAUCUUUGUCUCCAUAAAGAAAUCCCAAAAGAUUUAUUUACAAUGCUAACAAAAUCAAAUUGUCUAGGAUUGUAACUUUUUUUUUCUCCAACAUCUGGAAUUUUAUCUCUCACACCCCCCCCCCACCCCCACCAAGUCGGAAUGAAAACAACUUUCCUUCCACCCACCGCCUGUGUAGACGCCUCUGGUUUUGCAGCCGCACAGCUUAAAGGGAACAUUGCCCCCAACCCCAAUUUUAUUUUCGUUGAUACUUUAUAACUGUUGAGUAUAUGUGUUUUCCGAUGGUCUUAGGCGACCCCUGUGAAAGGGUUGUGCGACCCCCAAAUAGGUCGCGACCCACAGGUUGAGAACCGCUGCUGUAAGUAGAUACUACGAUAACUUUGAUGUUGAUACUAUCUUAAAGUAACUGUGUUGAUACUCAUGUUCAUGUUUUUUUUUCAGAUUUCCUGACGAAUACGCCUAUGAUGGCAGCGCUUAUUCCUACAAUCCGUGUUUUUCAUUUUCCAUUGGCAGUUGUCAGGACGCAGCAGUUAGUAAAGUUUUAAUUAGUUAAGGAAGAUUGAAGAUCAAGUGCGGGGUAAAAAAGAAGAGGGGGGGGGGGGUGUUGUUCUCUUUUUUAUGGCAGGCAAGCUAAAUCAUCCUUUUUAAUGAGAAGAUAUGAUUUUUUUUUUUAAAUUCCCCCAGGAGGGGGGGGGGGAUAUAAACUCACAAUUGUGAGACAUGUGAAUUAACCAGACCAAAAACAACGACUACUUGUUAACUGACCAAGAGCAUGUGUCAGGCGUAGGCUAAUUUUAAGGUCCUACCUUUCCCCGCCAAGGAAUAUGUAGUCGGAAAAUUGUUUUGCGAAAGUUUUUUUUUUUUAUUUUAACGUAAAUUUUGUUCCACCGAAUGUCUGUUGGAAAUUUAAUUUAUUAAACAAAGAUUUAUUAAUUUAUUUCUAAAAUGUUUGGGUUUCUUUAAAGGUAAAGAUACACGUGAGAAAUAGGGAAAAGGUCACCUUUUAAGUUAUAUAUAUAUAUAUAUAUAUUUUUUUUGGCCUUAAUUUCCCUUCGAAUAAACCUUCUUUCGGACAGUUUUCCGUUAAACAACAUUCAUUCGAACAAAUUCCUCCUUAACAGUUUCGGGUAACUGGUAUUAUUUGAGUCAGCGCGUUAGGUCAGAGCAAGGGUUCUUAAAUUAUUUUAAACACAGGGCACUUAACUGCAGUGUUUCUUUCAGACAGUUUUCUCCGGGAUGGGGGGAUUUCAGAUUUCAGAUGUUCGGAUGGGUAGGGCCAGGGGCGUAGGAAAUGUGCGCGUAAGUGGUGUCCGCUCCGUGGGGUGGGGGGGGGCUUUUUUGUUUUAUAAAGGGGUGACAUUUUCGGCCCAAUGCAGAAUUUUUAUCGUGGAAGGGGCUGCAAAAAUCUUGGCACGUCAGGGGUGGCACUUUACUUUGCCAUGUCACUGGGGGCGAAAGGAUCCCUUAUGACUCUACCCCCCUUCUCCACCCAACAUAAACUAAAUUGAUGUUGGUGGGGCGGGCCGCCGAGAUGCUUGAAAUAAACCCUGGGAGCAAACAAUUAGAAAUAUUAACCAACUGAUGUAAGUCAACAACGAAAAUAGUGGCGCUGCUUCAAAUAGGGGGCGGUCUAUCUUCCGAACAAUAAUACGAUAUUUAGAAUCGAAUUACUGGACAUGCAUCUAGAUGUACCUUAAAUAUGUAUGAUAAUUAACUAUAUAUAGAGUAGCGAUAUUUCAUUGGCUCCAUUAUGCCACUACCAGUUUUAUGACAAGAGUUAUAAAAAUGACAAUUAAGCAUUUUUUUUUUACAAAUAUAUAUUUACCUCAUUGUUGUAUACAUUUUUCUCCGUGGUUGUGGGGGGGGGUCUCUCUGUGGGGGGACAGUGCCCACCCUUCGAAAGAUGCCUGAAAGAGACACUGGCUCCCUGUAGCCAAGACACUGUUUCGGCUAGACUUUCGUUUUAAAUGCUAUGAACGAAUGCAUGCUGAACGUAGCUUAUAAGUUAUUUGUACUGACACAAAAACCAGUGAGAAAUCAUACUUUAUUUAAAAUGGAGAACAAUUUAAAUCAACCUUAAAUAUAUUCUUAUUUCAAAACCCAUUCUUUUGGCCAAUGGGAUGGUACUUGUCCGUUUUUUUCUUAUUUGUCACUACUACCCGGGGACCUGUUUGGCGGUCAGGCGGGCGGGAUUAAAGACCCCUGCCGGCCCAGAACUCGCCCCGUGGGUCGUAGUUUGAACACCCCUUGGUGUAGUGUAUCUGCUUAUUUAUUGAAAUUGACCUCCCAUGUUUUCAGGUGUGUAAAAAGUCUGGCACUGACUACAUCGCCAUGGGCAAACAAUCCACUGCCGUCUGGUCGUACACGGGCUAUUACCCCAGAGUAACUUUCUCAACGUCGGACUCAAGGUAUCAUCUGAUGUUCGAUCUAAUGUGAAAGCAGUCUUGUCAUCUUGAACCUUUUCUUUUCCUUCCAGUUAUUUAACAACUUUUUUUUUUGUUAAGAAAAGAUUUGAAAGUCCAAGUGACGCACAUGUAGUACACAUGUCGAGGUACUGUACAAUGGAUAUGCUCUAAUUCUCCUGUCGUAAUUUCACGAAAGUUAUGAUCGUACGCUCGACUCCGUCCCGCUGCCCUAUCCACAUAUGUUUGGUGCUGUAAUUCUGCGUGAGGACGAACCAUCGCGUGAAAGCAGAGUUCGAAUACUUCUAUAAGCACUACAUGAAGAACAUUGCAAUAUAUUUAUAUUGAUUUUAUUCAUGAAUUUAACAUGAAAAAAGUUUUUCAUAUAAAUCCUUUAUAAAAUGUAAUAUUGCGCAAUGGGGUUGGGGGGGGGGCUGAAAAUUUGACAAAAUAUCCAUACAAGUAACGCUUGAAGAAUCCUAAUUAGCGCCUCCCCCCCCCCUUCCAAAACUGGCAACCGCACUUUUUUUUUCACGUCCCUGAACUAUAUUAAUAUUCUAAAGACCCACCGCUUUUACACAGCAGAUUUAUUUUCCCAUCUAUUUCAGAUAAACAAAGGGAAACAUUACGCCCCAAACCCACUUGCGAUACUUUUCUUUAAAAAAGAAUCUCAUUUAACGCAGUUAUCCGGAAUUUUAUUGAUCUUCCCCUUGAAAAACUGGCAAAAUUGAUUUUUGGGGGGAUGGGAGUUAAAUGGUGGACCUGAAAAUUUGAUAGAAUGUGUUGUCAUCGGCAACGAGUCUCUGUGCCAAGUAUCAGCUCGUAACGUUGACGGGAGUCAAUUCGUCGUCUCAAGAUUUUGCCAGCCCGCCACCCAGCCAUCCAGCGUGCCACCCACGAAGAAAAGCGAAGUUAUUUAUAAAGAAUUUAAUUGAAGAAUGGUUCACCUUAUUAAUAAUUCUUAUGAAUUUACAUGAAUUUACAGAGAAUUUAAGACACUUAAUGAAAUUCAAACAUACAGUCGCAGUAGCUAGAUUUAAAACUUGACAUACAUCAUGAUACAUGACGUUAUUUUCUCGUCCCAUAGGAAAGCGGAAGUGACGAUGUUCUGCGGCCCCACCUACACCUCCCCCCAACUUGAUGUUGUUGGAGAGACCAUUCCUGGGACUGUGGUACAUAGUCUAGGACGAUACUUAACUUUGCUCGUUCCUUGGAUAGACCUCGUUUUCAAGCUCAGUUUUUGGUUUAGCUGGUCGUGCUCGUGAUAUUUUGUUUGAUAGUGUGCAUGGCUUUAAUCCAGUCUUAUUUCGAAAAUAGAGUUAUUAGAUCCGCCCUCAUCCUGGAGUCCUAAAAUCUCAAACAUUGUCUUCUCAUUUUGAUCGUUUCAGAACUUGCAGUUUUCGACGGAGGAGAUUUUUAAAAAUGUAUUAUUAUUUAUUUUAAAAAAAAAUAUAUCUAUGAAAUCAAUUGGGCUUUCAAUGUCACCUGCAGAGCAAUUUUUUAACAUAAAGACAUAUUUUUGAAAGUCGACCUCCAGAAUUCAUUAAAAAAUAUACAUUAAAUCUUUCUGAAAACUAAUAGAGAAUUGAUCAUUAAAAUGGCAGAAUUCAGUUUGCAUACACCAUGAUUUUUCCCCUGAAUUAUGUAAUUAAGAUAAGAUCAUCUUUACGUAAUGUUACUUUUAAUCAUAACGUAUGCUACAACAUAUUUGUGUCUGUUUUGUAUGGUGUAGCCCUAUUGCACACAAUUCCUAGUUCUACAGACAUCUGCCACAAUCAACACUUAGACAAUUUAAAACAUUUUGCGUUUUUUGUUUUCCUUGGUUUCUUUGUUAUGAACACGAAAUAUCCCGGAAAAAGAUUUACAUUGUUCGAAAUGGGUUAAGGAAUCCUUUCUGAUAUCGGCUAUGCUUGUUUCCCAUCCUGCAGGCAAUAAAUAUGUGGUCUGUCUGCGCAUGUCCUAACUCGUGCAAGCGUGUGGACCCCAUAUCUGCAGACGACGGACUUUCCCCGGGAUCAGUAAUGUUAAUAAUGUGAGCGCCAUCUACUGGGCAUUGUUUAUAUAUAUAUAUAUAUAUAUAUAUAUAUAUAAUAUAUAUAAUAUAUAUAUAUAUAUAUAUAUAUAUAACUUAUUUCAUAAAACUGGUGUAGAAGUAGAUAUUAUCUUUGAUUUUCUUGACAGCUCAGCAUGUUAACGCGAGAUUGCUCUUCUAUUUCUUGAUGGUCUAUUAAGAAGACGCGCAUUGUGACCUGUGCCGAGGUUUACAGCAUUGCCAGGACGCUUCCUUAGUACCUUUUUUUCUUCUUUCUAUUAACAUUUAUUAUUUUUUUAUAAGUGUGUGUAUAAAAUAAAAGAAAUAAUCAUUCUUUAAUUUAAAAAAAAACAAUUAAGAUUAAUUGCAUAAUUAUGAGUAUUUAAAAAAAAAAAUUUGAAUUGCAACCCGGGGUCUCGCCCCCACCCUCACCCCUCUCCACUCCCCACCCAUUUCUAAAAAAAAAUAAACCUGUAAAAUUCUAAUUGUUUUACGACUACAUCACUGACCCUGAACUUCUUGCAAAAGAGAAAAUAUAAGUAAACAGAAAACGUGUUUGAAAAUCAUUACAAUUUAAAAUUAAAUAUAAUCGAGGCACAGUUUCACGGAGAAAAAUGGUAAAGAAUACCUUAAUUACCUUUUUAAAUCAAGCGCCAAGUUAAAUUAUUUUUUGAAAUCGGUUUAAUUUGCCAAGAAAUGCCCUGGCCAAUCCUUGAUGCCAUUUUGUACCUUUCAGUUUCUUCGUGCUACUCAUCGUGUAUCUGUGUGGAGGUGUAGCAUUUAACUACAACAAGAGUAGGACGGUGGGCAGAGAAAUGAUUCCCAAUGUGAACUUCUGGUCAGCAUUGCCUGGGCUCAUAUUGGUAUGUUUUAUAGAAGCUUUCGACAAUACAUGGGCUUAUACUUAUAUAGGUAUGUUUUAUAGAAGCUUUCGGCAAUCCAUGGGCUCAUAUUGAUAUGUUUUAUUGAUGCUUAGGCAAUACCUGGGCUCAUAUUGAUGUUUUAUAAAAUCUUAGACAUGACAUAGGCUCAUAUUGAUAUGUUUUAUAGAAGCUUAGACAAUACCUCGUCUCAUAUUGGCAUGUGUUAUGAGAGCUCAGAAAAAUUCAUGGGGCUGAAAUUGUUAUGCUUGUUAAGCAGCUAAGACAUCUCUCAGAGUUGUUUCUAUGAAGAUUCCUUACCAAGCGAUUGCUUUUGUAUUCCAGGAUGGCUUUAGACUAUCGUGGGAUUUUGUAUGUCGUCGCCAUCAUAAAGAUCAACCAUACGAGGCCAUGUGAGACUUUAGAAUUUAGAUGUAAACAAACAUGUAAUCACAAAAGUAAGGGAAGCUAUGCAAUGGAGAUGAGCUGUAUCACGGUGGGGAAAGACCCAGACAACCUAUAAAUAGAAUGUUACCAAAGUUUGAUGACGUUGUAAUUUCAUUCUAACAUGUUGAUUACGAGGUUAUUAGUAUAUAUAUAUAUUGAUCUUUAAAAUGUUAAUUUGGCUCACAUUGACUCAAAACAAAAUUUCAGAAGAGAAAAAAUAACUGUUUAAAACCUGCAAAAAAGAGUAAAGGAUGUCAGAUCACUCAGAAAUCUGGUUUCUGACCUAUUCCCUCUUUCAUUCGGUUUCAGAACUUGAUCAGUUCAUCGCUUGCUUGUCUACUUAUUGAUAAAAUAAGAUAUAUUCUUAUAUAAAUUCUUUACUAAAAUCAUCAGCUUACCACAGAGGAGUUGGGUGUUUAUAUGUAUUUAUAUAAUUGAUCCUCCCUGCUCUGGUCAUGUAUGGUGUAAAUGUGUAACUUAUGGUAUGGAUGUUAUUAUUAAAAAUGCAAUAAAUCUUUAUGACGAUGAAUGGCUGUAACCAUUGAUGCAUGUCGAUCACAAUAAAUCUUCAUAAGUACACAUCUUUUAAA